UUUAAACAGAGCAGAGAGCUAUUUCUCUUACGAGAGCUGAUAGAGAGACACUGAGCUCACGAUCACGAGCUUUUCUUCCUUCUUCUUCAUAAAUCAUCCAUCUUUGAAUAAAAUAAAAAAAGACAGCGAUCAAAGACACAAAAAAGGAUCUCAAGAAACCCACUUGUUGUUGGUUAGAGAAUUCACGGGUCUCUCAAAAUCUAUCUCUGAAAAGUCUCUUUCCCACACCCAUAACUUCAUCAUCAUCAUCAUCAUCACCCACUACUCUUUCCCAAUUUCAACGGCCCAAAUUCCUCCACGUCAUAGUCGCUCAUUUUCUCAGAUGUAAUGUCGAGUCUCUGUUAGAUAUCUCCCAGAAAAACCUGAUCUGAUCAAAUUGAAGUCGCAGAGAGGAAAGGGAAAAGAAAAAUGGAUCGACCAGCAGUGAGUGGGCCAAUGGAUUUGCCGAUUAUGCACGAUAGCGAUAGGUACGAGCUCGUUAAGGAUAUUGGGUCUGGUAAUUUCGGAGUUGCAAGAUUGAUGAGAGACAAGCAAAGUAACGAGCUUGUUGCUGUUAAAUAUAUCGAGAGAGGUGAGAAGAUAGAUGAAAAUGUAAAAAGGGAGAUAAUUAACCACAGGUCCUUGAGACAUCCCAAUAUCGUAAGAUUCAAAGAGGUCAUAUUAACACCAACACAUUUGGCCAUUGUUAUGGAAUACGCAUCUGGAGGAGAGCUCUUUGAGCGAAUCUGCAACGCAGGCCGGUUCAGCGAAGACGAGGCGAGGUUUUUCUUCCAGCAACUCAUAUCAGGAGUUAGUUACUGUCACGCUAUGCAAGUAUGUCACCGAGAUUUGAAGCUCGAGAAUACGUUAUUAGAUGGUAGCCCUGCACCUCGUCUAAAAAUUUGUGAUUUUGGAUAUUCUAAGUCAUCAGUGUUACAUUCCCAGCCAAAAUCAACUGUUGGAACCCCUGCUUACAUUGCGCCCGAGGUUUUGCUAAAGAAAGAAUAUGAUGGAAAGGUUGCAGAUGUUUGGUCUUGUGGGGUAACUCUGUAUGUUAUGCUUGUUGGAGCAUAUCCUUUCGAAGAUCCAGACGAGCCUAAGAAUUUCAGGAAAACAAUACAUAGAAUCCUGAAUGUUCAGUACGCUAUUCCGGAUUAUGUUCACAUAUCUCCUGAAUGUCGCCAUUUGAUCUCCAGAAUAUUCGUUGCUGACCCUGCAAAGAGGAUAUCAAUUCCAGAAAUAAGGAACCACGAAUGGUUUCUGAAGAAUCUACCAGCAGAUCUCAUGAAUGAUAAUAACGCGAUGAAUAGCCAGUUUGAUGAAUCGGAUCAACCUGGUCAAAGCAUCGAAGAGAUCAUGCAGAUCAUUGCAGAAGCGACUGUUCCUCCUGCAGGCACUCAGAAUCUAAACCAUUAUCUCACAGGAAGUUUGGAUAUAGAUGACGAUAUGGAGGAAGAUCUAGAGAGCGAUUUGGAUGAUCUUGACAUCGACAGUAGCGGAGAGAUUGUGUACGCAAUGUGAUGCGAUUCCUAUGGUUUCUGGUA